AUGUUGCUGUACCUGUCAAAUAUUGAUGAGACUCGGAGCCAUAAAAGCGAUUCUAAGAUUCCUGACAUUCAGCGGCCAGCCGCAAGAAUGAUUCGAACUCAAUUGAUCAUUGCCGUCGUUCUAGGUCUCUUGAAUUUCACAAUGUUUUGCUUCUUGAGGAAAAAAUUUCCAAAAUUAUAUUGCGCCAGGAUCCUCAAAAGAAGUGGUUUACCUUAUAUUCCAAAAAAUUCGCUAUUCAAAUGGGUGAAAGUAGUGGUACAUGAUAUCAAUGAGAAGCAAAUCCUUGAACAUGCUGGUCUCGAUGCAUUUGUGUUUUUGAACUUCUUUAAGAUGGCCAUAAAGAUAUUGGCUGCGUGUUCUUUCUUUGGUUUCUUUGUCAUUUCUCCUAUUCGUUAUCAUUAUACUGGUGGUUAUGAUCAAGGCGAUGAUCUAAAGCGUUCCGCUGGCAAUGGUGGUGCUAACAGCCCAGAAGAGUAUGAAGGUUAUUUGUGGAUGUAUGUUGUUUUCACAUACACCUUCACUAUUGCUAUUGUUUGGACUCUAUAUCGGCAAACGAAUCAUGUUUUAUCAGUUAGACAAGAGUAUCUUGGGAAACAAAAUUCUAUUACUGAUAGAACUAUCAAAUUAUCAGGAAUUCCUCCAGAUCUCCGGAACGAGAUAAAAUUGGCAAAGCACAUUGAAUCCUUAAAUAUUGGAAAAGUAUUUUCGGUAGUUAUUUGUCGUGAAUGGAAGCCGUUGAAUAAAUUGUUCGAUCAAAGAAAAAAAAAAUUACAACAAUUAGAAAAACAAUGGAGUGCAUAUCUUACUCAAUUGGACAUUAAUUUGAAAAAAGAUUUUUCGUUCCAAGGCCUAGACAAUGGUAUAUUUGCCUUGAAAAAAUCAAUUAAUGAGCCUUAUAUAGACGAAGCAGUAGAUUAUCCUAGUACCAUUGAGCAUAUUAUCAAUGGACUUUCGAAUGGCGCUAACUAUGGAAAUGAUGAAAAUGAUGAUUUUGAUGAAGAAAGUGAAUUAUUGAAUAGAAGAGUGACUUACAGUAAUAGCAUUCAUAAUAUUGACGAUGCUAAUUCCACAAUAAGCGCCGGGGUUAUAAAUUUGGCACAAUCUCAGCUCGAAUUAAAGCGUCCAAAAAUAAGAAUUGGUUGGUUACGCCCAAAAAAGGUCGAUGCAAUUAACUACCUAACUGACCAAUUGAACUCAAUAGACUCUCAGAUUAGAAAAUCUAGACUAGAAUACUAUUCUCCAACUCCAACUGCUUUUAUCACAAUGGAAUCUGUCGCAUCAGCACAAAUGAUGGCCCAAGCAGUAUUGGACCCACAUGCAAACUUCUUGACCACUGAAUUGGCUCCAGCUCCUCACGAUGUGCUCUGGGGUAAUGUUUGUUUAUCUAGAAAGGAAAGGCUCGCAAAAUCAUAUCAUAUCACAAUAAUUAUUUGCAUCAUUAGUAUCGCGUUGAUAUUUCCAGUGACAUAUUUAGCUGCUUUGUUGAACACUAAAACCAUAUCCAAAUUCUUCCCUGAAUUGGGAGAGUUUUUAAAGAAUCAUAAGCUCGUGAAGAACUUUGUUACCGGAUUAUUGCCAACCUAUAUUUUCACCUUGUUAAACGUAAUUAUUCCAUUUCUAUUUGUGUUGUUGUCAUCAAAACAAGGAUUUGUUUCUCAUGGUGAGCAGGAGCUAUCCUCAGUGUCCAAAAACUUCUUCUAUUUGUUUGUUAACAUGUUUUUAGUUUUUACUCUAGCUGGUACUGCUUCCAAUUAUUGGAGUUUUUUAAGUGAUACUACCAAGAUUGCAAAACAAUUGGCCACUUCACUCCGUGAUUUGUCUUUAUUUUAUGUUGACUUAAUCAUUUUCCAGGGACUUGGGAUGUUUCCAUUCAAAUUGCUAUUAUUUGGAGCAACUUUCAAAUUCCCAUUCUUUUAUUCGAGCUGUACAACGCCACGAGAGUUUAAAACUCUAUAUAAUCCUCCAAUAUUCAAUUUCGGUUUGGCAUUGCCUCAACCUUUAUUGAUUUUAAUUAUCACCAUAAUUUAUUCGGUGAUGUCCACUAAAAUUCUAAUCAGUGGAUUGGUGUAUUUCAUUAUUGGCUACUAUGUUUAUAAGUAUCAGCUCAUGUAUUCAAUGGUUCAUCCACCCCACUCAACAGGAAAGGUAUGGCCAAUGGUUUUUAGAAGAAUCAUAUUGGGAUUAUUGAUAUUUCAAUUGACGAUGGCUGGUUUAUUAGCUUUGCAAAAUGGAUUCAUAUUGGCGAUUUCUCUAACACCAUUGCCUUUCAUUACUUUUGGCUUCCUCUACGACUUCCAAAAGCAUUUUGCCCCAUUAUCUUAUUUUAUUGCUUUGAGAUCAAUUAAUCAAAACGACUCAUUGGAAAGUCAGUCGCGUUAUUCUGAGACACCUGAGACUUUGGCAAGUGAAAGCUCUGAUAAUGACAAACAUGGAAAAGCGUCGAUUGAACCCGGAACAAUUCAAGAUGUUAUUAGUGAAAAUGAAGAUUUUGGAAUAGCAUCGUCAGAUUUGGGGCAUAAUAUUCUUGAACAAAAUGCGUCAUUUUCCAGUGAAUUCUUGUCGUCAACUGAUCUGAAUCGGUUUGACUUUCUGAGAAAUCAAAAAAAAUCUAAUCAUUUCGGGAAAUCUAACGCGUACCCGCAUUUGAAAUCUGUUUCGCGGGCCCCAAUGGGUGAGAAAACCUUAGACGAGAUUAGAGAAAAGAAUUCCACUUAUGAGUAUCCAUAUUUAAUUCAAUGUUUAGAUGGCCCAUGGAUAGCGUUUGAUGGAAAUGAAAUUGUCAUGCUAAACGAUGGGAUUACUACCCACAAAAAAAUUGAGUUUUUUGAAUGGGAGUAG